ACAUUAGCAGUGGGCUUUUAUAAUUCCCUUCUGGGAGUAAGUGUUCUCACCCUAGCAGACAAAGUGAAGGGUUUGGGUUCUACAGCAGAGGUCUGGAUGGUGGUUACUUUUACAGGGCAUAUAUGUUGCGUAGACAAGAGCUGAAAACCUCUUAAAACAUUUGGAGACGUGACAACUUAACUUUAGUAGGGCACUUUUAUCACUAUCCAAGGGCAUGGCCUUGCAGGGCACAGGAUUACCAGUGUACCUGUGAUAGAACCUAACUGGAAACACCACUGGAUCUGCAGUUUCACUGGAGAUUACCAUUAUGGGAAGUUUCCUGUUCCGGAUCGCCAUAAGAUAUAACCUAUGAAUGAAUAAGCCACUAUGGGGGACUGGAACUUAUUAGGCAAACUACUGGAGAGUGCCCAGGAGCACUCCACUGUGGUGGGCAAGGUGUGGCUGACCGUGCUCUUCAUCUUCAGGAUCCUGGUGCUGGGAACUGCGGCGGAGAAGGUUUGGGGUGACGAGCAGUCGGGCUUCACCUGCGACACAAAGCAGCCUGGUUGUCAAAAUGUCUGCUACGACAAGACUUUCCCAAUCUCUCACAUCCGCUUCUGGGUGCUGCAGAUCAUUUUUGUGUCCACCCCCACGCUGAUCUACCUGGGUCACAUCCUGCACCUGGUACGCAUGGAAGAGAAACAGAAGCAGAAGGAGAAAGACUUGGCUGAACAGCUGGUCACCCACAAUGACAAGCAGCAUCUGCUGACUGACACCAAAGCCAAGAAGAUCCCGGUCCGGGACGACCAAGGCCGCAUCCGCCUGCGGGGGGUGCUGUUGCGCACCUACGUUUUCAACAUCAUCUUCAAGACCCUGUUUGAGGUUGGAUUCCUUGUGGCUCAGUACCUGCUGUACGGUUUCGAGCUGAUGCCCCUGUACACGUGUGACCGGUCGCCCUGCCCCAACGUGGUGAACUGCUACAUCUCCAGACCCACGGAGAAGACUAUAUUCAUCCUCUUCAUGCUGGCAGUGGCGUGCAUCUCACUGCUGCUGAACCUGGUGGAGAUGUAUCACCUGGGUUACACCAAAUUUCGCCAGGGACUCCGUUACCGGCGUGCCCAGUCCAUUAGUGAGACAGGGUCCAAAAUCCAUAGCGAGGCAGUGGUACCGUUUGUCCCAGACUAUAACUAUUUUCCUAGGCCACCCCCGGUCCACGAGCCCUACCAUGCAGACCAGUAUAUAUUGACUGAGCCGGGCUCUACCUACCAUCCCUACAGCAGCAAAGUAGCGUACAAGCAGAACAGAGACAACCUGGCUGUAGAGAGGAACAGUAAACCAGAAGGGGGUGAGACAACAGAAAAGAAAGGAUCCAGUUCUGCUCCAGGGUCGCCUGCGGAGAACCAACGCCGACCCAGUCGAUCCAGCAAACACAGCAACAUAAAGACCAGACUAGAUGAUCUGAAGAUCUGAGGAACAGUUGUGGCACAUUUCCACCACAGGCUUUUAUACAGGUGCUUGGCCUAAAGACUCAAACAUUUUUAAAUAUAUUAUAACAGAAUGUUUAACCUGUAACUGGCCUUUUAAAAUUAAAUUACUUUGCUAUUCAGUAGUUGUUGAUUCUGCUCUUAACACAUUCUCAGGGUCAGCUGGAGCUAUGGAAGCAAUUUCCUUGGUGGAAUACCAGGGUGCAUACAAGACUGUUACAACCUGGGUGGUUCAAAUCCUGAAUGUCGAUUGGCUGAAAGCUGGUAUGACAUCACAGAACGUUUUACUUUUCUAAUUGCAUUGGUAGCUGGUGUACUAUAGCAAUAAGGCACACUCUGGUUUUAUUUUAAAUGGAUGUCACAUUCUCUGGCCUCAUUAAGAGAAAAUGAUUGGAUCCAUGCCUGCAAUGGAACCAUCAGAACAAGAAAGAAACACAAUCCAGCUUUUCAGCAGAGGAGGCAAAAUUGAACACGGAAAAUUUUUACUUUUGGUUUCCGCCAUCCAGUCAAGUGAACUUUUAAGCCUGCUUUGUUAGGCUGCUCAUAUCUAAACAUCACUGUGUAGAAUGUGUCUUUCAUUGAGAAAAAAAGGAUUGGGAGAAACAAUAAAAAAAAAAAAAUUCUAAGACAUAUGAAUCAAUGAAUCUAUUUCUAAAGAUGAAAUUUGAGGGGUGAAACAGAAAGUCACCCAACAUGACAGGGGCCAGCAACAGAAACCUUCUGUAGAGGCUUAGGAUCAUUCUGUUUACAUGUUCAAGGUUGUUCCAAUCAUAAUAAACUUA